AUGAGUCUCACGCCUCUUGACACGAGCCUGUCCCGGUUUCUCGAGUUUAGCAUUACACUUGUUUUCCCGCAGGUAUACGGUGAGGACGAGCUCCAUGGUGCUGCACAGUCUUUGCUCGAGCAGUGGCCCAUACUUAGCUCGCGUCUGAACCUACUUAGAACCGACCUACGCGCCAGCAAGCCGGGGCAACAGCCGCACAUUUUCAAGGGCAAUCAUAUCGACAAGAAACUUUCGGAUGUUGUCGACGUUUCAAGCAUAAACUUAGAACACGCCAGCGCGAGCCCUAGCGACACGGUCAAACGGUUAGACAGCCUAUUGAACUUCGGCAAUGGCCUAAACAAAGCUCUUCGCGGACAAGUCUUCAUUGUCCGAGCUGUCUUCUUCCUCGAAGCCACUGUCAUCCGCUUUACAUUCCAGCAUCCCCUCUGCGAUGCUUCAGGCGCCCAUGAAAUUGCAAAAGCAUACUGCGAUAUUCUCAACGGGAAUACCGUCGAGAAAAUAUCAUUUACAAGAUUUCCACUGACACUGCAAGACAGCAACAGCGAAGGCGCAGAGGAGAAGGAGAAUAAUGCGCCAGUGAUACCAACAGUUGCUGACACAGCUCGCCCGAUUUUCCACUGGAGCUGGCGAUACAUGCUCAGGAAAGGCACGAAGCUGCUACUGCGAGACCUGCGACGCCCAUCAUGCCAGCGAGUCGAUAGAACACUCUACAUCCCCCCAGUGCAAAUGGAAACGUGGAAGGAAGAAGCCCGGAGGGCGAACAUCAGCGUCACGGAGCAUGAUCUCCUCACGGCGUUUAUCUACCAGUCAUGCUACCAACGCUCCCCAACCUGCACGCAAGACUUUAGCCUGAUCCUCGGGAUCCGGCGGUACCUGGAACACCAAACGCCGCUACAAAACGCAUGUUUCGUGCUUCCAGUGGCGAUUGACUACCUGUACAACAGCCAAAAGUUUGACCUCCCGCCCCUCCCCGAACUCGCAGCAGAGAUACGCCGCACAAUUCUCGAGGCGCGACAGCCGCAGACUCUAUCCGCGCUGCUUGAGUUCCACUCCCGCUCAACCAAGACACCCAUGAUCCCGCGGUGGAUUGGCCGUGAUCAGCCGCAGGUGGCGGUGACAUCGUGGACAGAUCUGGGAUUAUAUGAUCUGGAUAUCCGGGGAUCGAAGCCGGUUUUCGUGCAUGGGCAGCUGGAUCUCUGGGGCGUGCUGAAGAAGUUUGGGCUUGGGAUGGAUGAUAUCGUUAUUACGUGGAAGGGGCCAGAACAUGAAGGGGGUUACUGGAUCCGAGGAAGACUGAAUGCAAGCGCUUGGGAAAAUAUGGAAGAGACACUGGGGCAGAAAUAG